ACCCCUUCCUCCCGCUAGUAUAUUGCAGUCCCAGAGGGUUACUGACUUGCAUUGCAUGCCCCUCCAUUGCAUUGUGAUUUAAUAUUAGUCCCAUUUCAUUCGGCUUUGAUUUUCAUUUCGAUCUCAUCGCAUUCCCGCUCCCCAAGCCGCGACACCCGACCUCCCAGCGCCUGGGAGCAGCUCCCGUUCCUGGGGAGUCUCCUGCCCCCUUUCUCAUGCACCCUGCAAACGUACCUGUGGUUUCUCACCCUGGAGGUCCCUCUUUGCUUUCCCCAAAUACUUCUUAAAAGGGAGUAUUGGCCCUCUGCCCCUUUGCCCCCCCCAUCACCCAUCAUUGCUUUUAUGUAACAAGUGCCACCCGCCCCGCGCUGUGGGAGGUCAGUGCAUGUUCUUGCUUGCGCUGGUGCUGUACCCAAACGUUAAAAAAAACAAAAAACCACCCAAACGUGUCUUGUCGUUGAAGAAGACAGGGGUUAAAAUGAACGAAGACCGGAAGGGUAAUGUAAGCUGGCUGCCUCGAGACGCGGCGGAAGCCAGCGCGGCAGAGAACGUCUCGGCUGCGGCCUCCUCCCUGAUUCCUGUCGCAGAUCCCGAGCCCGAGCUCGUAGUAAACCCCUGGGACAUUGUUUUGUGUACUUCGGGAACCCUUAUUUCGUGCGAAAAUGCCAUUGUGGUUCUUAUCAUUUUCCAUAAUCCCAGUCUCCGUGCCCCUAUGUUCCUCCUGAUAGGCAGCUUGGCGCUUGCCGACCUCUUAGCAGGAAUUGGAUUGAUCAUCAAUUUUAUUUUUGCCUAUCUUCUCCAGUCAGAAGCUACAAAACUGGUCACGAUUGGACUGAUUGUUGCCUCUUUCUCUGCCUCUGUCUGCAGCUUGCUGGCUAUUACUGUUGAUCGUUACCUCUCACUGUAUUAUGCUUUGACUUAUAAUUCAGAAAGGACUGUCACUUUUACCUAUGUCAUGCUCAUUUUGCUCUGGGGAGCAUCUAUUUGUAUUGGACUGCUGCCUGUAAUGGGCUGGAACUGCCUCAAAGAUGAAUCCACCUGCAGUGUUAUCAGACCACUCACUAAAAAUAACGCAGCUAUCCUUUCAGUCUCUUUCUUGCUUAUGUUUGCCCUCAUGCUACAGCUCUACAUCCAAAUCUGUAAAAUCGUGAUGCGCCAUGCUCAUCAGAUUGCCUUGCAACACCAUUUCCUGGCCACAUCUCACUAUGUGACCACCCGAAAAGGAGUGUCUACUUUGGCCAUUAUUUUGGGGACCUUUGCUGCUUGCUGGAUGCCUUUCACUCUCUAUUCUCUAAUAGCAGAUUACACAUACCCUUCUAUAUAUACCUAUGCCACUCUCCUGCCAGCCACCUACAAUUCCAUCAUCAAUCCUGUAAUAUACGCUUUUAGAAACCAAGAGAUACAAAAAGCACUUGGGCUCAUCUGCUGUGGCUGCAUUCCUUCUAAUCUGUCUCAAAGAGCAAGAUCACCCAGUGAUGUUUGACUAACAGCUAGGAGGACAUUAUUUUACAUUUUAUUUUUCACACAUUUCUGCAACACAGUCUUUGGUUUAGAUUCAUUCAUUAAACUCUACAUAUUGAAUUCAUAGUCAAGCCACAGGAUGCACUGACCAUUUUGUAAAAAGAAACCACAUUGACCAAAAUGAGUGAAAUGGUUUAAGGAAGAUUUUCAGAAUCAAAAUAAUCAGUGUUCUUGCAGGUUUCUAAUGUCACUCAGGAUCUUUUGCUGUGGUACAGGUCAUCGGGCCCAGUCAUUCAUAAAUACAGUGAUUUUACAUUAACUUUAGUCAUUAAAAAAAGUAGACUGAAGAAUCAUUCUUUUUCAGAAUUGUUUUGUGAUUGGGCUCAAUUAUGCUGCAUGUUUGUUUGGCUUUUAUUUCUGUUGUCAGGUAAUGUCUCUUCUAGCUUUGGUAAGCUAGUAAAAAAAGAUAACAGCUGUGAUUUUUGUUAUUAUAAACCAAAUUGUAAAUUAGUGGAACACAUUUCAGAAUAACGGCCCAACCACUGUUGUUUCACUGGGUAUUUAUUAUAAUAUUUUCUGUUCAACUAGUUUUCUAUAAAUGGGGAGCUACUUGUAUAGGUUUCUAUUCUGUGUCUCAGCGUGAAGUGGACCGUUAUUUUAAAAUGCUGCCUAUUUUCUUCUGAGUUCUGGAUAGAUGCAAGAAUAGAAUAUGUUUUUUGUCUUUCCUAUUGUUUUCUUUCUUUUAAAAAUCAUUAUAUAUUUUUAUUUAAAUGGCUUUUUGUGCUACUGAUUUUUAGGCAAAAUUCCCCAUUGAAGCUGAUGGGAAGUUCUGCUCCAAAAAUCAAUGGAACCAAAUGGCCUCUAGGAAUUAUGCAUACAGCACUUUAUGUUUCUUUGAUAGAUUUUUUUUUGGUGAAAUGUGUAAGGGAAUAUUUAAUGAAAAAACCUUGUUAAAAUAAGUUUAGCAUCUACAUUAAAUGGUCCCCUAAAGUUAGUGGUUGAUGCACAGCUGUUAUUUCAUGUUCUCAUUGUUCUACUGUGAUUUCAAAUUCUUAAGUUUGAGCAUUUUUGAGAACAUGCAUUCAUAGUGUGUGUACCAAAAAUGCAUGUAUGAAACCGUUUCAGCAACCAUAGUAAUUUUAUUCAUGACUUCCUCACAUAUUAUGAUGCUCAGUACUAUAUGCAUAUCAUUUCACCAUUGAAUUUUGGAUUAAUAGUUCUAGUCUAAACAGCAGAACCUCCUUUCUUGAAUAGUUAAAUUUAAGCUAGAACAAAAAUGUGUUCUCAUAAAAAGAUUUGAUCAUCAGGGGGGAAAAUUAACUGGGGAAAAAAACCCGGAUUUGCAUUUCUUUGUGAAAGUUGAGAUGUAGUCUCAUAUCAGUGCAUAGGAAUUUGCAGUACAAGUUGUACUUCCAUUAACAUUAAUGGAAAUUACAAGCAUUGGCAUUAAUAUGAGGUUAUAUUCUCUUGAAUGUCAAAGUAAGUGUACUGUAUUGUUGCUUCCAUUACAGUAUCUUCCAUUACAGUUAAAAAAAUCUCCAGUGUAAAAAUAGCAAUAUAUAAAGUUGAUGAAAAAAUAUACCUGUAUAGUAUACAUAGUAGAGACUACCGUCUCGCUGACACUGGAGCUUUUAAGAUGGAAUCUUUGUCUUUUCCUGUGAACAUUUGGGUACUUUAGCUUUUGUAGCAAGUUUCUGUGGCAUUAAGAAUCUUAUGUGAUACACAGAGCUAAAUUUCAAAUGUGAAUCAAUCAGUCUUAUGUUAUCAGAGAUCUGUACAGAUUUUAGCAGCAAUAAUUGAUUUUUGUUUCAAUGCUAGAUUCAUAUUCCAUUAUUUACCUUGUUCAACCUUAAUGGUAUUUGGCUAUUAAUUUGGGAUCUAAUCAAUUUUAAAAUUGCAUGUCGUUACUCUGACUGAAUGGUGCUCUUGCAAUUCUCAUUGGCUUCACCGGGACUUUCAGAUAGACUGAGGGCCAGAUUCCAAAUGGUGCUUACUAUUUGGAAUAUUGGCAUUCUUUAUCUACUUCAAAAUAUUAAUGAAGUUAUAGUCAUGAUGAGUUUCCUAUUGUUUGUUCCUAUUGUUAUAGGAAAGUCACUUUUUAAAAUAACUAUGCUCCAUAUACAUCUGAUUUUAUAAGUACACAAAGUAUCAAAUAUUGGAAGCUCUUGCUAAGGUUACUCGUGAAAAUUCUUAAAUGAAUGGUGCAUAAAGGCCUCGCCAUAAGCUUUGUCUCUUGUAUACAAGUGCCAAAAAACCGUGAUCACAACCACUUACGGUUAUCACCAAAAUUCUGUCCCAAAAAGAAAUGAGUUUUUCUGCACUUCUCUCUAGGUGCAUACAACCGUAACAUUUGGUCACCUCCCAAUCCUCAGCCUAUGUAAACUAUCCCUCACAGUACCCAUCUGUGGUAAAAAACGCAUUAAAAGAAAGGAGCCUGAGGACAACAAUGUUUGCUUCCCUGCAACAACUCACAUUGGGACUUGACCAGUGUCUGUCUCACUCAGUGGGAACCUAGAGCUGUAGACAACUUUUCAGAGAAGGAAAUAAUACCCCUCUCUUUCGAGCAUGAUUUGGGAGAUCUAUAUGCAAUGGGCUUUUUCCAAACACAAAUUUGAGGAUACCAUCUAGGUUAAAAUUUACGAUACAGAAGCAUUGAAACUACAGCGUGAUAUUCAUCCCUAGGUAAGGGGCAGUUUCUUGUUUCUAAACUCUAGCACUACAGCCUUGCCCAGAUGUGUUGGCACUUGAUUGAUUGAUUUGGACUAUCAAAAUAAAGAUGUCCUUAAAUUCAGAAGACUCUAAUAUAAGUCCUGAUGUGGGCCAAAAGUUUUAUUGAAGUCAAUGAGUAUGGCCUGUGUAAGGCUGUAGCCCAGAAUGCUUUACAGAAUUACUGUAAUUAUAAAACUUGCAGUAUUGGGCAUAUGAUGCAUAGUAUGCGCGUAAAUGAACAUGUGUCCUUGUGGUGGGGUAGAGGGGGCAGGGGGAGAUCACUUGUUCAUAUCUAAAUACUGGCCUCAGUAAUUCAACAGCUAUAAAUGUUUUUGUUUUUGUUUUUUAAAGGCAACUAUUUUUCAGACCCUGCAGUUCUGGCCAUGUUUCUAGUCAAGUUUCUAGAUGUAAAAGCAGUUUAUAUCCUGGGUCCCAAUUCUGGAAGUUGUUCCAUACAGGCAAAUCCCACAAUCCAAGUGGGGCCGCUCUGAAAUAGAAGGGGCACUGGUGAGGCACAGAGAUCUGCCCCAGGGUAUACAUUUUUAUGCUGCAAUGAACAGUAUUGAUGCCUAAUGCUACAUGAUGUGGUAAAUUGACAAUUCUAAGCAAUACUGGGUUUUUCACACCUUGAUAAUCAACAGAAGUGUUUUUAAAAACAAUGCAGAAUUUAAUCAAAAUAAUUUCAAAAUGUGAAAAAUUCUUAAGAUGCUCAACCUUCAGGUUACACGUUUGAUGGCAAAAUCUACUACAGCCAUUGUUUCCUGUCAAGAUCAAGAAUGCUCUCAAGUCAAGUAGCUGAGAGUAAAUGUAGUUAAAGCAUGCUAAUUUUGGUAGCCAACAGCACACUCGGGAGUGAUGCAGCUAAAAAUCACAUCCAGAUUAAUUUGGCUCCCCAGUUCAAAGGUCCAGGUACCCAUUUACAGCUGGGUCAACUUGAUGCAGCUGCUGGCACAAGUCCAGGGCAAGGCUCAAACUCAAAACUAUAGAGAUGCUUUAACUGGCCUGUGCCUGCAUCUUGCAGAGCUCCAUGUUUCCAACCUAUCCAUUUCUAUUAGAUUCUUGAUUUUUUAACAUUUAAAAUAUUAGCAAUAAUGAAAACAAUGCUUUUAUCAUAACAGCAAUAAAUCCCAUUAACUAACUGUUUGUAUAAAGCUGUAGAGCUGAUUCAUAGCAAUAGUAAGGAAGCAAUAAAUUCAUUAGGCAAAAAUAAAUUUCAAGUACUAAAUUAAACCCAUAGAAUGAGCAUAUAUAGAUAGAAGUCUUCCUUUGUUUGGCAUUAAUUAAAGGACCGGUAUAGGACAGUGUUUCACCCAGGUUUGCAUUUAAGUUAUUGUAUGGAAUUAUUUAAUGAUAAAUUUUAUCUCAUUUUUACAUCUUGAAUUCAUUAUAACUCCCAGAGAGCAUUAUAGUAUAGCACAAGGAAUUUCUAUUAAGUGUAUUACUUCAUGUGGUUUAAGAUUUAGGUUUAGUUGCAGCAUUAAUUAUAUGUAGGAUUUCUGGUUUUAGGCUAACACUGAUAUACUUCCUUUAACAAAAGAGGCUUUCAUAAAACCUGUGUUGAAGACACCCAUAUUUACAAGGCUUGCCAUGUUGAAAACCAUAAAAUUCCUCUGUGCUCCUUGGCAGCUGAUUGCUGAUAUUUGGCUUUGGAAAGAAGUUUUUGGCAUAAAUGAAGAAAAAUUCCCUAUGAUGUAUGAAUGCAUUUGAAGCAAGCUGACAGGUCUCCUUUACAGUAUCCCCAGCAUAACUGCAGAGGUGCACCAAUACAUCAGUCUGAUGUCGGAUCGGCACCAAUAUAAAGAAAAUUGACUUUAUUGGAAAUCAGCCUGAUGUGGCCGAUAAAUGCCCAUGCAUGCGCAUAGCUGCAGCGCAACAUGUAGGCAGCGAGGAGCGUAGCCCGACAGCGUGGAGAGCUGCGUGUAGCUGAGUGCUACAGUUUUAUUUAAAAAUGUGAACAAAAACACACGCAGAUCAUUAUUGGGAGUUGUUGGAAGAAGAUUUCAAAGAAUGGAUUCAGAGCUGAUGCAAAAAAAUGGACAGACUCAGUUGGACUUCCAUAGAACUUGCACCCAUAACACCAGGAAAUCUAGAUUGGUAUCAUUUUCCACCAAAGAGCAGGAAGAAGGCAUGUGAAGGGGCAAAUGAAAGUCAAGAUUCAACUCCUAACAUACUGUCGUACACUGCUAAUGAACUGCUGUUCUCCCUCUCCUCUGACACCUUGGUAUGUGUCACCAACUUACAGUCUUAUGUUUUUGUGAGUCAAAUUCAGACAGCAAAAGAGUGUAAGGGGCUGGGUUAGAAGUCAUAUCAAUGUAAAUGAAGGAAAUCUUAAACAAAAUUCUUAAAUGGGAGAUACUAGGUUCCUGGUAUAUUUAGCAUUGGCAAGUGCUGCAUAAAGUGUUGGACUCUCAGUCACUUUUAUAUUCUCAGUUGCAGAACUAAAGCAUAGUAACUGAGUUUUUAAGCUUUGUGAAUGCAAAAUAGUUUUAUAAUGCUGUGAGUUAGCUCAAACAACAAACUAUUGACUGGGAGAUAUAAUGGUAGUAUUAUGAAAUACAUCUUGUUGUAGGGACUUAUAUCAUCUCCAGAAUGGUGUUUAAAUAAAUGUUAAAUUCAA